AUGGAGGAAAAGGCGGUCAAGCAGAAACAAACCAAGGUCCAGAAGAAAGGGUAUAGACAAAGUGAAAAAGGAGGUAAAGAGAAGAGCCAGGGUCCAGCGCCUAUCGCCAGAGUACUGGGCAGUGGGAAAAAGAUCUCUAGGCGCUGUUCCAAGUUCACAACCUCCUUUAUGCUUACGACUCAGACUUCUUUGCAGGGAUUGACAACCCUGGCAUUCGCUAUGUGCAUGGUGCCACCAUUGCCUUGGCUCAGCACAGAGCAGCAUAUGUCGCAGGGACCUGAAGCAGAGCCAGAGCCGCAGUGGGUACAGUGGGUGCCCCGUCCAGUUAGUCUCUCUUCUGUGGGCAUGUCCGAGCCAGUCUCUCUCUUGAAUAUGCCGCUUGGCGGCUGA